AUGUUUCCUUAUCUGUUACUUUCAACGCAGCAAUAUAUACCGUUGCUGGCUGUUUUCCGAAAUUUCGCGAUACGUCAAAUCCAUUGGGAUGAAAUGUCGGCUAUCGCCGGUUUCGAUCUCACACCCGAUGCUGGCACAACGUUUCGAAAAAUUAUAGACAUGGAUUUAAUGGCGGACUUGGAAAAGUACGAAACGAUAAGCAUAUGCGCGACGAAGCAACUAAUGCUCGAGGAAUUAUUGGCAAAGAUGACCAGCGAGUGGGACGACGUAUUGUUCACCAUUAUGCUGUACAAAGACUCCGGAGUGAAUAUCUUAACGCAACUGGACGACAUUCACGCUCUCUUGGAGGAGCAUAUUGUGAAAGUUCAAGCGAUGCGAGGCUCCGCGUUUGUCAAGCUCAUCGAGGAGGAAGUGAAGAACUUUUACGUUCUUCUGCAUCGGAUACAGUCGACGAUCGACGAGUGGGCCAAAGUUCAAAUACAAUGGAUGUACCUGUUGCCCAUCUUCUCGAGCAAAGAUAUCGUGGCGCAGUUGCCCGACGAGGAAGUACUGUUCGUUCAGGUCGACAGAAUAUUUCGUAGCGCGAUGAGCGGCCUUUCGAGGGACCCUCGUGUACGAGAGACUGCUGGUUCUGCAAGUAUCACAUCUAUCGUGGGUCUUUUGGAAAUCAUGCAGGAGGCCAACGAAUUGAUGGAGAAGGUAAACGACGGAGUAUUGAACUACUUGGAGUUGAAGAGGCUCUUCUUCCCACGAUUCUUCUUUCUGAGCAACGACGAUAUGCUGGAGAUACUGUCUGAAACGAAGGAGCCCCUUCGAGUCCAACCGCAUCUUCGAAAAUGCUUCGAGGGCAUAAACAGGCUGCGGUUCAACGAAGUGAUGGACAUAUGUUCGAUGUUCAGCGAAGAUUACGAAGAGGUUAGAAUGCAGGAAGAGAUUUCGACCGCUGCGGCUAGAGGUUGCGUGGAACGAUGGCUCUUCCAAGUACGCAACUUAUUUAUUGAAAUUUGA